CGGGUCAGUUGCCGAUGAAUUGCCGUCUGGGCCGGGUAGGGGCGGAGAGGUCAGCGCUCGACAGGCCGGAUCAUGGACGCAUCAUCGGGAAUCAAGAAUAAGGGUUGCCAUCCAGCGUCCGACGGGGCCGACGAAUCCGUCCAGCCCGGCGGCACCGGACCGGCCAGAGCUCCACCCCUGCAGCUGACUGAUGACGACAUUGACAACCUGCAGCUCUCUGAGGAGUGUCGCCGAAUGGCCAUCUCAGACCCCGGCAGCCUGGUCCCUCCCUUUCCCCCUCUGCCCCUGCCUGUGUGCGCACCUCAUCAAUUUGGAUCUGAAAUAUACUCGUCCAGUCCACCAGUGGAUGUCAAGAAUUCAAUCCCAAGCCUCCGGUCACCUAUUGCCAUCCAGCCCAAGCCGGUGACCAGUACUGAGCAUCACCGACUUAACUCUUCGUCUGACCCCAAGUAUGACCCUCUCACUCCCUCACUUUCCCCGCCCUUCAUUCCACCGAGCGAGAUGGAAGAGUCGAACACGGCUAACCCUACAGCAGACGUAACAUCACCAAAAUCAAACGACUUAGAACCAAAAUGGGACCAUUUCGCUGUCGACACCAACAAGCAAUCAGACGACUCUUCCAUCGAGCUCAUCCCCUCGCCGGACGUUUCGUCGAAAGCCGCCGCCCGCGCUCCUCCCGUCGUUCUCGACGAUGACCUCCGCGGCGUUAACGGAGACGGCGGUGGCGGGGACAGCUCACCGGAACUACUGAACGGAGGUGACGGAACGGAGAGUUCGUUCGAGGUGGUGGCGCCGGUCCGUCUGCGACUGUGGCAGGGUGAGGAGCGUCUACGGACGGAGGCAGUGGCCGGAGGCACGGUCCACCUCACUACCUGUCGCCUGUUUAGAGUGUAUUAUGACCAGCCGCACCGCCAACUGGCCGUGCCCUUCCACCGGAUUGACAGGCUCCGGUACGACCGGAGUGACACCCGACUCGAAGUCGUCUGUGUGGAUAAUUCGACGUUUACACCUUGAACGCCUCCGUCCGGGAGGUGUGGGUUAACCUGCUCGACAACGAGAUUCUCCACAAAUGCGACACGAUCACUGGUCCGUUCAGCCACCUGCUGCAGCCGCCCAGUGACGACCCCGAGAUUCAGCUGCCCGACAUCCGCUCGGCAUUCGUCAGGGACAACGAAUCAGAGGCCACGGGACUGCUCAGAAAGACACGUCGGUCGCGGGACUGAACGAUGAUAACUGAAUUCUGAAUGACAUGGCGGGCGGUUUUCAACGAGAGCUUGCGACGGACGGGCUUAGUCAACUCUACAAAACGACCGGACACCGCAUGACGUGUAGAGUUCAAACUCUUGACCAUACACCAGCAAUGUGUCGAACUCAGCAAACAUUGCAUCACCAGGCAUCAUCAGUGACAGAUGAAGCGGCAAUAACCAUUUCGAACGUCCACCCGGCAGGAAAAAACGUGCAGCUGUAUUGCGGGCUAGCCUACCCGGUCAGGCAUGUAAUGCGGUACAGCCUACCCGGCCAGUGAAACUGUCGAGUAGCAGGCGCGAGUUCGCAGCAUUUGUGUAGGCAAGCAAUUGUAUGGGGUUUUGCAUUGCGAUUACACAUAUCCAAGCCUGUAACAGCCAUUAGUGCCUCUUUCAUGAUGUGACGUCUUUUUUUUGACCUAACAGACAAUCUGUCUGUCCUCUCUUUGUUCUGCUGAGGUGAAUUAUUUACAGCCAAAUAAGUAACAACGCUUUUACGUGCGCAUGAUUUUUGACAUUUGUAGGCAUUGUGCUCAUCACUGAAAAUGCUCAAGACUGAUUGCAUGCGUGCCAUCCUUUUCUCAGUGAGUGAGUGAGUGAAAAUGAGGUUUUAAGGCGUCCCUGUCCAUUGGACAUUCGGCCGCCUGUAAAGAAUCUGUUUGCUAGAUAAAUAUCGAAUUGCUUGAAUUUUGAUAUUGCAAGUGCUCAUUUACUUCAAUUAAGUGUGUGAGUUCUAAAAUUUUGACCUUUAAAGUGUUCGGUA